GUUGCAAAGUUCUUUUCUCCGUGCACUUACGCGGGCAUGGCAUUCAACUUUCUUGUGUUGCUGCGGCGUGAAUAUCUGCCUACUGCUAAUUAGAAUUCACAGCGCAUUGUAUUUGUCUUUGCACUUUAUUUACGUUACAGUGCUUCACCGAACAACUACAUUGUGGGCAUUGGAAGUGGAAGUACGGUAGUCUAUGCAGUUGAGCAUCUCGAGUCCCCACACCGGUUCAGACAUUGGUCCCAUCGCAGGACUAAAUUUGAGAAUCCCCUGUCAUUGGUCGGCGACGCACGCAGCCGCCCCGAACGCUCAUUGUCAUGCAAGUCUUCACGGCCUUUUGCGAACUCGGAACAUCACCGCCUCGGGUUUCUCAAAGCGAGACACCUUUCCCCAUACGUGCUCGUAGGGUAAAAGAGCAUGGAUGGAAGAUAUCUUGUGUACCUACAUCAUUUCAAGCUAAAGAACUGAUUCGGAAACAUGGCCUUGUGAUGACAGAUCUGGAAGAAAGCCCUGAGUUGAAUGUGGCAAUUGAUGGUGCUGAUGAAGUUGAUGCUAAGCUGACUCUGAUCAAAGGAGGGGGUGGAUGCCUCACUCAGGAGAAGAUUAUUGCAUCAUGUGCAAAAGAGUUUGUUGUUGUGGCUGACUACAGUCCAUUAUCUUUGUGCAGGAAAGAUUCCUCGACCCUUGGCGAGAACUGGAAGAAGGGCAUUCCUGUCGAGGUUAUACCCAUGUCCUAUGUCCCUGUGCAAAGGAAAAUAGAAAAGUUGCUUGGGCAUAAGGCAGAAUUGCGGCAGGCAGCUAGGAAAUGUGGACCAGUUGUAACCGACAAUGGAAACUUCAUACUUGACUGCAAGUUUACCCCACAGAAGGACUGGUUGACUGUUAACACCGCACUGAAGAUGAUUCCUGGUGUUGUUGAAACAGGUCUUUUUGUUGGAAUGGCGCACAAGUCCUACUAUGGGUUAAACGAUGGCUCAGUGAACGAGAAGAAAGCUGCAUGAGCCUGUUUUCCUGACUUCCUAUAUUUUUGUAUUCGUAUACCAAAUUGAAUAAUGUACAGUGCAUAGGCUAAGCUUCGAACAGACUUUGGCAUUGCAAUGCUAUAUUGACUGGCUAGUCAACUUAUUAACAGCUUGAAGUUACUAUUUGUAAGAUAGCUGGUGACAAAUGCCACUGUUAAUUUUACAGUUUUUUCAAGGGAUCAUUUUCCUCUAUUAAAGUGUAGAAUAAAUACAGUUUUUAUAUA